CUCCAAUAACAAGAAAAAAAAACCUUAUCCAUUCUGCAAUAGUAUACUUACAAGAGAGCAACUAUACAGCAAUAAUUAACAUCUCCUUCAAAAAAAAGUAAAAGUAAAUUUAUUGAAUAAAUCACAAGGGCGCAUUCUAGAAACUUCAUAAGCUCAUAGAGUAGCACAAACCAAGCCCAUUUCUUCUUCUUUUCUUCUUCCUCUAGCUAGUCACUCUUGAAAUUCAAGUUAAAAAAAAAGAAUCUUGAAAAUGGGUGGCAGCCGCUGGAUCAGACCUGAGGUGUAUCCACUGUUUGCAGCUAUGGGGAUUGCUGUGGGCAUCUGCAGCUUCUCUCUGGUCCGCAACAUCUGCAUCAACCCUGAAGUCAGGGUGAACAAGCAAGGCAGGGCUGCCGGAGUGUUGGAGAAUUUCGAGGAGGGGAAGAAGUAUUCAGAGCAUGCUCUCAGGAAGUUCGUUCGCAACAAACGGCCUGAGAUCAUGCCGUCCAUCAACAGCUUCUUUGCCGAUCCACAGAAGAACUAAACGGCUUCUUGAAUCGUUCUCGGAUGAGAGGCAUCAGCAUGGAAGUUUCUAUGGUUCCAUAGAAUGUUCGCUCAUUUCUCUGUCAAAGAUUGUAUAAUGUUGUAAGAUGUAAUGGUGUUUGAGUGAUAAUAAAUUCAUGGAUCUUGCUGCCUUGUAACUCAUGUUGUGAUAUUCAGAUGUUGAUGUUGGCAUAUGUUGUUGUUGUGGAAUGUUUUGCGUCUCA